AUGGCAAAACGAGGAGAGAAGGGUCCUAGAACAUUACCGGUAUCUCAUGAAGAUAUAGUCCCACCUCAAGACAUAUUGGACCUCUUCAAGGUUUCUUUUUCGGAUGAGUUGUACGGCGAUGAGCUGAACUUGCAUUCACAGAUACAGUCCGUAAAGGCUGAUUUGUACGAAAGAAAAUAUGUCGAAGCAUUUAAUUCUGAUGAGAAAAGGGUUGCUUAUUGCUGUCGGUGGUCUCCUUCAAGGGCAAUUGCAUAUACUUCGUUGUUUGCUCAGCUAAAUGAGGUAAAGCGGAUAAUCGAAUGUAAAAGGUCAGAAGAAAAUGUUGAUGAAGACGAUGAUGAAGAAGAUUCCCUAGAAAAAAGUGUUUCAAAGCUAAAUAUUGAAACGAACUCCACAAAUGUUUUGUGUAUAGGAGGCGGCGCAGGAGGAGAACUUGUGGCUAUUGCCUCUAUUUUUGCACCUUCAAGAGAUUAUAACUCAAAGUUUGCCAGUUCCCAAAGUAAAUCCAAAACCAUAAAGGCAGAGCUAAACCUACAAUUAGUUGAUAUUUCAGACUGGAGUAAUAUUGUUGAAAGAUUGGAAAGUAGUAUUAAGUCGAAAUGGCUCCGGUCCGAGGCUGACUGUCUUAACGUUACAUUUAAAAAAGCUGACAUCUUAUCGUUAUCACCAAAAGAGUUGAACUUGAAAAACCUGGAUCUAAUUACGUUACUAUUUACCACCAAUGAAUUGUUCAUGGAAAAUAAAUCACAAAGUAUUCGGUUUUUACAGAGCCUUAAUGCUCAUUGUACUUCUAAUACAUAUCUAUUGAUUGUGGAAAGUGCAGGAUCGUUUUCUCACAUCGAAGUUGGAUCCAAGAAAUUCCCAAUACAGUUUUUGAUAGAUACUAUACUCCAGGGUAAAAGGGGCGAAGAAAGUCGAGGAAGUUGGGAAGUCGUAUCUAUGGAAGACUCUAUCUGGUAUCGUUGCGCUGAAACUUUUGAUUACAAACUUAAGCUAGAAAAUAUGAGAUUCUUCUACCGUCUAUAUAGAAAGAAAUAA